UGGUUGGCUAUUGUACAAAAUGUUCAAAAUUUGAGGCUGCCCUAGUAGCUAAAUCGACAUCUGACAUUCAGUUUUAAAAUGGCUCAACUUGUUGUUGAGAGAGAAUUGAAAAAAAUAGAUUCAGAAUUGAAUGACAUAGAGGGAGAAAUUCAAAAACUAAAUGAAAAGAAAAGAAAACUAUUGAAGAGGAAAGAAACUUUGAAGCAGCAAGCAAACGAAGAAGCUACAAAGAAACUAGCUAGUCAAGACUGGGAAACUAGUGAUUUCCCAUGGACAACCAAACUGUAUCAAACAAUUCAAGAUUCAUUUCACAUUGAAAAGUUUAGGCCAAUGCAACUGUCAGCCAUGAAUGCUGUUCUUAAAGGGCAUGAUGUCAUCUUGAUUAUGCCUACUGGGGGAGGAAAAAGUCUUUGCUAUCAGCUUCCUGCAUUAAUAUCUGAUGGGAUAACUCUUGUUGUAACUCCACUUGUUUCGCUAAUGGAAGAUCAGCUAGCUAGUUUGGAGAAACUAGGGAUUAAAGCUGCAAAACUGAAUGCAAGUUCAACCAAAGAAGAAGUCAAUAUGGUUCAAACAGCCAUGACAGAUACAAAAUCCCCCCUUAAAUUAUUGUACGUAACACCGGAAAAACUAGCGAAAAGCAAAAGAUUCAUGACGAAACUUCAAAAAAUGUAUCAGUUAAAACACUUUGCUUUUGUGGCAGUUGAUGAAGUGCAUUGUUGUUCUCAGUGGGGUCAUGAUUUUCGACCAGAUUACAAAUUUCUUGGGGUAUUACGUUCUCUUUUCCCAACCGUUCCAAUAAUUGGACUCACUGCCACUGCAACAUCUAACGUAACGACCGACGUGCAAAAGAUGCUCAACUUGAAGAAUUGCUUAGUUUUCAAAGCAUCUUUCAAUCGCCCUAACCUUUACUAUGAAGUGAGAAAUAAACCGUCCACGCAAAAGGAAUGCAUCGACGAAUUGGUACAUUUGCUGCAAAAUCGAUUUCGUGAUCAAUCUGGUAUCAUUUAUACCACAUCCGUCAAAGACUGUGAUCAAUUAGCUAGUGAUCUGCGACAACAAAAAUGCCGCGUGGCAUCUUACCACGCCAGUUUAGAACCCUCCGAUCGAACUCAAGUUCACACGGGCUGGCGGGAUAAUAAAUACCAGGCUGUAGUUGCUACCAUUGCGUUCGGUAUGGGAAUUGAUAAGCCAGAUGUCAGAUUUGUAAUUCAUCAUUCCAUAUCCAAAUCGAUGGAGAACUUUUACCAGGAAAGUGGGCGAGCAGGUAGAGAUGAUCUCAAAGCAUACUGCAUAGUUUAUUGGAGAUUGUCUGACUUGUUUCGCUUGAGCACCAUGGUAUUUACCGAACAAACUGGCCUCCGUAACCUCUAUGCCAUGGCCGCUUACUGUCUCGACUCGGAAAGAUGCCGUCGCGAGGUUAUAGCAAGCCAUUUCGACGAACGAUGGGAGUCUUCCUCUUGCAAUAAAAUGUGUGAUCACUGCAGUCAAGAAUCGAAAUCGACCGAGAUGAAUAUCACCGAGCACCUCAUCACGCUCAGCCAGAUAUUGAAACGGGCAGAGGAGCAACAAGUACGCGUGACAGCCCAGAAAUUGAUCGAUGCGUGGCAGAACACUGGGCAAGUCUCGCUCCGUUUACCUGAUAGCAAAAAAUCAGCCAAGCUACCUAGAGAAACGUGUGAAUCUAUUUUGGCCCAUCUGUUACUCGAAGGCUACUUGAAAGAAGACUUUCAUUUUACACCGUACAGCACCAUCAGUUACCUUCUUCUCGACGAACGAGCGAAUUACAUCGAUAAGGAAAUUAUCAUGAAGGUUGAGGCUUCACUGGACGAGGAAAAGAAACCCAGUAGCACUCGAAGUAAAACAACUAGAAAGCAGCCAACGACACCAUCGGCAACGGCGAAGAAACUGAAAGUUGAAGAACGUUUGAUUGACGUAUCAGAUUCGGAUUAAGUUUCCGAAUGUUGCAAUACAAAUGUCACAGUUUGCUCGAUUUCUAGUCGACUUCCAUACCAUUGCACGGUCGCUGAGGUAGUAGAAUAUUUAACACGAAAGUCUACUUCAGCUUUCGUUUGGCGAUUUGCAUUUAAAAUCGAGAAUUGUCCAAUUUUGCCGGAAUUUCCUGGAAACCUGAGCGGCACUUUCCAAAUCGUCGUCUUGCAAAUGCAAUCUCCGUAUAGUCGAAUGCAUUUAUCCGCGAAUACCUUGCACUAACCAUUCCUCGUUACACAUCGUCUUCUAGAACGUACCCGAAUAGAUAAGUUUAUUCGACUGAAACUGCAUUUUAAAACAAGCAAAAGAACAUAAUCGUCUUGCUAAAAUUUCUACAGAGCUGACGCGAACACCAAAUUCUUGAUGAAUCAGCUAAAGUUCCAGCAAAACGUGGCAUACGGGAACUUUUCAGCACAUUUGUUACGACACCAACAAGUACGACUUUUGCACUUCUAUGUUUCUCAGAACGUAGUAUCGUUAAUUCCUUUCGAUUUUUGUAAUACCGUAUGUCCUUGGACCUGUAAGACUUUGAGUAUUGCAGCUCAGAUGAGACCUUAGGACUUAAGUCAUACUUUAUCUUUGACAGCGUAACAUUACAAAUCUCGUAAACUU